AUGAAGCAUCAUCUUCUUUGUACUUCUUCAUCUUUCCUACUACUCUUCUUAUUCAGUUCUAUUCCUGUAACCAGCCAAUUCCUGUUUGGCGGCAGCAAACAAGCAUAUAAUUAUUCAAAUGUCUCCUGUAUUGAAAAUGAACGACAAGCUCUUCGUCUUUUCAAACAUGGAUUGAAAGAUGAAUCAAAUCGUCUUUUGUCUUGGAUUGGAGAAGGCUGUUGUUCAUGGGAAGGAGUUGGUUGUCACAAAAUCACUGGUAGUAUUUUGAAACUUGAUCUGCGCAAUAUGGUGCCACUCUAUUCUGAUGAAGAUCAUUGCUGCACAAAUUGCUUGGGAGGCCAAUUAAGUCCAUCUUUGGUCAAUUUGACCAAUUUGCAAUAUUUGGACCUGAGCUCGAAUUAUUUUUCAGGAAUCCAAGUUCCCGCAUUCCUUGGAUUGUUGAAAAACUUGAGAUACCUCAAUCUCUCAAGCGCAGGAUUUGAUGGUGAAAUUCCCCACCAGUUAGGAAACCUCUCGCAUUUAUGGUAUUUGGAUCUUGGGUGGAAUGGGUUGAGGACUAAGGAUCUUGGGUGGGUUGUUGGACUCUCUUCUCUAGAAGGCCUAGUCCUGUCCGAGGUGAACCUUACAGACGCUCAAGAUGGGUUCCAGUCAAUUAACAUGCUUCCUUCACUAACAACACUAGACUUGAAUCGUUGUGGUCUUUUCAUCCAUCCUCAUCUUUUACCAAUGAAUUUCACAUCUCUUUCUUCCCUUGACCUUGUUGGAAAUAAUUUCAACAACUACACGGUCCCUCCUUGGCCCCGUAAUCUUACUGGCCUCCAUUAUCUUCGUCUUGGUUAUAAUAAUCUUUAUGAUCCAAUUCAUGGUCUGUUUGACCAAAUGACCUCUCUAGUUCAUCUCGAUCUAUCUUUAAAUCGCUUUGAUGCAUCAAUGUUGAAAUCACUUUGUAAUGCAAGCAGUCUUACUUAUUUGGAUCUGAGUGAGAAUAAUUUGCAAGGGUCAAUACCAAGUGAAAUAGGCCAGCUUUCAAAAUUAACAAAUCUAUUGUUGUCCUCUAAUAAAUUAAAUGGUACCAUACCGACCAAUCUUGGGCAGCUGACGAAGCUACAAGAAUUUGAGAUUCGUUACAAUUCAUUAACUGGGGUCCUAUCUGAAGACCAUUUUGCGAAACUCCGAGAGCUGAAGUGCCUGGACCUAACUGGAAACUCACUCGCUCUGAACGUGAGCUCCUCGUGGGUUCCUCCUUUUCAACUCCGACGAAUUUGGAUGGGAUCCAUCAUUGUGGGACCCAGGUUUCCAGCUUGGCUUCGGACGCAGAAUGAGGUUUGGGAGUUAGACAUGCGGAACGCGAACAUUUCAGAUGCCAUACCCAACUGGUUUCGAGUGCUUUGUCAUAGUAUUAUGUCAUUAGAUCUCUCUAGCAACAGCCUAACUGGAAAUCCUUUGGAGUUCAAACAAUUGAAGCAUAGACCAAGUCGUUAUGCUGAUCGAAUUAUAUUUCUAAGCUCCAACAAAUUGACUGGAUCUCUCAAAUCAUUUCCGUCGGAUAUUUCAGGUUUAGAUCUUUCACACAAUUUUCUUACAGGACAUAUUCCGCAGCUUGAAGUUGGUCAAACGGUUGUGCCUGAGCUGUCGUCUAUCGCACUAAAUGAUAACCGUUUCACAGGAACCAUCCCUGAAGACUUGUGCAAGUUGGAAUAUUUAGAAUUUCUAGAUCUAUCCAACAAUCUUCUGUCCGGAAGAGUUCCUCUGUGUCUAGGAAACUUGCAAUCCCUGACGGGCCUAAACUUGGCAAAUAACAAUCUAUCCGGUCAAAUUCCGAGUUCACUGGGUAACUUGGGGUCACUUUCUAUGCUGCAUUUGAAUGGAAAUAAAUUCAUUGGGAAGCUCCCUACCUCAAUGCAGCAUCUCAGAAAUUUGCUAAUUCUUGAUCUCGGUGACAAUGGACUAAGGGAUAUUAUACCAGCUUGGAUUGGGGAAAGGUUAUCAAAUUUAAUGUUUCUAAGAUUUCAGUCAAAUAACUUCCAUGGAGCUAUUUCCGAUACACUCUGCCAACUCUCACAUCUUCGAGUGCUGAACUUAGCACAUAAUAACUUGAGUGGAUUUAUUCCUCACUGCUUUAACAACAUUAGUGCCAUGGUAUCAGGCCUAGAUAGAGGUCAUGACAUUGGUGCAGGAGAAAGCCUUCAAGACAUUAAGGAAGGAAGAGAAUUUGAGUACCCGUUAUCGAACCUUGUGCUUCUUAAAUCCGUAAGCCUCUCAGCAAAUAAUUUAGUUGGCGAGAUCCCUGAUGAGAUAAUGGAACUGGUUCAAUUGCAAUUUUUGAAUCUUUCACAUAAUCAUUUGACUGGAAGGAUCCCGGAUAAGAUUGGCAACUUGAACCAACUUGAGGCGCUUGAUCUAUCAAUGAAUGCACUCUUCGUGGACUUUGUGGCAAACCGCUCCCAAACAACUGCUGGGAACACAAAUUGCCUACCAAAAAUAGGCCUAUUGAUGAGGAUGAAGGCCACAACGAAUCUGAUUGGUCUUGGUUUUAUGCUGGAAUAG